CGGCCGACUCUGCAGGCUGGAGCCCCCACCCGCUGAUGAGUUCACAAGUAUUUUUGCACAUCACAAUUCCGCAGAGGUUACUCUCAAAUACAGCUGGAGAGAAGGACACCACAGUGUCCUAUGUCCUCACGAUAGAAGGGAGGCCGUACACCAUUCACCUGAGGCAGCAGCUCUUUUUAUCUGAUGAUUUCAAGAUUUACACAUAUAAUGAGAAGGGGUCUUUGCAUUCUGAUUUGCCCCAUAUCAAGGAUGAUUGCUACUACCGCGGAUAUAUCGAAGGCUUCCCAGGUUCAGCCGUGACUCUCAGUACCUGCUCUGGGCUCAGAGGCUUGCUGCAGUUUGAGAACGUGAGCUAUGGGAUUGAGCCCCGGGUUUAUUCACCUGCAUUUGAGCACUUCGUGUAUCAGAUGAGUAAUGAGGACACAGCAGGUUUCCUCUUUGCAAAUGUCCACGCUGAGAGAGGGAAAGACAAGGUGGCAGCAGAGGAGAUGUCUUAUAAAGUGCACACAGAUCAAUUGGUGGCAAGCCUCCCCAGAUUUAUGGAACUGUAUAUAGUUUUGGAAAAGGCUUUGUACCACUACAUGGGUUCAGAUAAAGAUAUUGUGACACAGAAGGUAGUUCAGAUCAUCAGUUUUCUCAGUAAUAUGUUUAAUUCUCUGAAGCUAACAAUUGUGCUGUCCUCAGUGGAGUUCUGGACAGAUGAGAAUAAAAUUGUGACAACAGGGGAAGCAGAAGAAGUGCUAGAUCGAUUUUUACAGUGGAAACAGGAGAAUCUUUUUCUGCAGCCAUAUGGCGUACCUUAUUUAUUUCUGUUCAGGAAUCGACCAGCGUACGUGGGCGCAACGAUUCCAGGACGGGCAUGUCAGCGAGAGGCUGCCGGCGGAGUUGCCGUGUACCAAAGGGCUGUGAGCCUGGAGUCGUUUUCCAUCAUCCUGGCGCAGCUGCUGGGGCUGAGCCUGGGAAUGACCUAUGACGGCUCCAGAGACUGCCAGUGUCCCGGGUCCGUUUGCAUAAUGAACUCUGAGGCCUUACGUUUUGGUGGGGUAAAAACCUUUAGUAGCUGCAGCAUUGGAGACUUUGAAAACUUUCUCAGGCAAAAUAGAGAGUGCCCUUUCAGUAGAUCGUAUGUGAGUGGACCGUCCUACAAGAAAGCUGCAGUCUGCGGCAAUGGUGUUGUGGAACGUGGAGAGCAAUGCGACUGCGGGUCACUGCAGAUGUGUGCAAAGGAUAAAUGCUGUACUCCUCAAUGUAAGUUCAAACAAGGAAUGAAGUGUUCCUCGGGACUGUGCUGUGAAAAUUGUCAGUUUAAACAGAAGAAUACCAAGUGCCGGGCCCUCGCUGAUGCUCAGUGUGAUCUCACAGAGUACUGCAACGGGACCUCUGCGUCCUGUCCUCCUGACUUUUAUAUUCAGGACGGGCAUGAAUGUGAGCAUGGCACCGGUUACUGCUACAAAGGACGCUGCCGGUCUGCUGACCUGCAGUGCCAGAGACUCUAUGGGAAGGGUGCAAAAAACGCUCCUUUGGCAUGUUAUGAAGAAGUCAACAGUCAACAAGACAGAUUUGGACACUGUGGAAAUCACCCGAAAGAUGGGUAUCAGGCCUGUUCUUGGCUGAAUCUAGGAUGUGGAAAGUUAAUAUGUACGUACCCGAAUCGUAUUCCGUUCACACAAAUUAAAGGCGCCGUAAUUUAUGCUCAAGUGCAAGAACAUCUGUGUGUGUCUUUUGAUUAUAUGCGCGGACCCACGGUGCUAGAUCCUCUCCUGGUUAAAGAAGGCACAAAAUGCGGUCCCGGAAGGGUUUGUGUGAAUGGCACUUGCCAUCCACAUUCAGUCCUGAAGUAUGAUUGCAAUCCGCAGAAAAAAUGCCAUGGACAUGGAGUAUGUAACAAUAAGAAGAAUUGCCAUUGUUAUCCAGGCUGGAAACCUCCAAAUUGCAAGGUUCAAGGGUCUCCCUCAGGCGGCAGCGUCAACAGCGGGCUGCGGAUGCUGGACGCCGAUCUUAUCUCAAAAAGCUCCUCCAAGGACCUGCUGAAGACCUGGCUGCUGCUCAGCUUAUGUCUCUUCCUCCCUGUUGUUGUUGGUGGCACCAUCUUGAUUAUGAAGAGGAAGCAGCUGAGCAGAUUCUGCGUGAGGAAAGGGUCACAACCUGACGGGUCAGAAGAUGGCAGUCUGUCCAGGUACGAGAGGCGCUCGACUGGUACAAAAGCCUUCAGCAGCUGCAGCGUAAGAGACUUUGUGCGUUUUCUCACUGCUGGAGAAGGGCAAUGUCUGUGGAAUAAGCCAGCUAUGGACCUCUCAUAUAAAGCUCCCGUGUGCGGCAACAAAGUGGUGGAGCCAGGAGAGGCUUGUGACUGUGGUUCAGCCGAGGAAUGUCAGCGUGAUCAGUGCUGUACAGUCGGAUGCAAAACCAAGAAAGGGGUCGAAUGCCUGUCUGGACCGUGCUGCUGGAGAUGCCAGUUUGUGAGAAGAGGUACCUUAUGUCGAACCAGCCCUGAGGAUGAGUGCGAGUUGACAGAGUAUUGCAACGGCACCUCUGGGCAGUGCACCCCGAACUUCUGGGUCAUGGACGGGCAUCCCUGCAACAAGAGAACUGCCUUUUGUUACAAAGGAGUUUGCCAGACGGCCGACAAGCAGUGUCAGAAGAUCUUUGGGAAAGGUGCCAAAAAUGGGCCCCCGGCCUGUUAUGAAGAAAUUAACGGCCAAAGGGACAGAAUGGGACACUGUGGCUCGGAUCCGAGUGGCUACCGGAGUUGCGCGUGGAAGGAUCGCCGCUGUGGGAAGCUCGUUUGUGAAUAUGCGGGUCGUAAGCCGUUUACUAAGGAAAAAGCUGCGGUCAUUUACACCCGGGUGCGGCACUCGUUGUGCGUGACGUUAGACUACAUGCAGCCGCCCACGCAGAGGGACCCAAUGCUGGUGAACGACGGCACCGUCUGCGAUGAGCACAUGAUCUGCAUGAACCAGAAGUGCGUGCCUGCUGCCGUCUUGAACUAUAAGUGUGACAUAAAGACGAAAUGCCACAAUCACGGUGUUUGCAAUAACAAAGGGCUCUGUCAUUGCCAUCCCGGCUGGCAGCCGCCAACGUGCCGAGAGAAAGGGAGCCCAAUGGGAGGAAGCAGCGAGAGCCUGUUCAGAGGUGGGGAUGCCAUCGACCCGAGCGGGACUGUGGUGAGGAACUGGCUCCUUAUAAGUUUCUGCCUCUUUCUGCCCAUCCUCAUUGGGUCUGCUGUCCUGAUUAUUAGGAGAAAUGAAUGGUGCCGGUGUCGCGUGCCGGAGCAGUCGCCAUCUGAUGAGGUGUUAUGAAGACAGAAGGUGUGCUGCGUGAGCUGAGCAGUUGUGUGGACCCGGGCAGGUGGGGGCCUGGGUGUUGAUGGUGGAGCUCUGGAAAGGAAGACAGAUGAUUGAUAGUGCGACACAGCCUGCUUGAGGAGCGUUCUGCUAGGCUGGUCCUGGUGAGGCCGGGGAGCUAAGGCACAUUGGUGAGGCCUCGAGGGACUGCCUUGUGGAAGAUGGCCCCAGUCUGCUGACAGGCGGUGCAUUGCCUGCUGUAAGUGGCUGCAGUUUAUGUUGGCUUUUGUCUUGUUCAAUAAAAGGUCUGUCUUAGUGA